AUGGCAGUUCGCGCACAGUUCGAGAACUCAAAUGAGUGCGUAUUCGUCCCUUCUUUCUCCUCCGCUCCUCCCGUCCUCGUGGAAGAAAGAGGAUUGCUAAUCUGUGUUCAUCAACCCACCAGAGUCGGCGUCUUCUCCACCCUCACCAACUCCUACGCCCUCGUCGCAAUUGGAGCAUCGGAAAACUUCUACAGCGUCUUCGAAGCCGAGCUACAAGAUGUGAUACCCAUAUGCCAUGCCACAAUCGCGGGCACGAGGAUAGUUGGUACAUUGACCGCCGGCAACCGCAAAGGCCUCCUCCUCCCGACCUCAACAACCGACCAAGAAAUGUCCCACAUCCGCAACACGCUCCCCUCCACCGUGACCAUCCAGCGAAUCGAAGAGCGCCUCUCCGCCCUCGGAAACGUCAUCUGCGCCAACGACCACGUCGCCCUCGUGCACCCAGACCUCGAGCGCGAAACCGAAGAGAUCAUCGCCGACACGUUGGGCGUAGAGGUCUUCCGCCAAACCAUCGCCUCCAACGUCCUGACGGGCUCCUACAUGUCAUUAUCCAACCAGGGGGGCUUGGUGCACCCGAAGACGCCGAUCCAGGAUCAGGACGAACUGAGCAGUUUACUGCAGGUGCCGCUUGUGGCCGGGAGCGUGAAUCGCGGUAGUCCAGUCGUGGGGGCCGGGAUGGUGGUGAACGAUUGGUUGGCGGUGACGGGCAUGGAUACCACGGCGACGGAGUUGAGCGUGGUGGAGAGUGUGUUUAGGCUUGGCGAGGGGAAUGGGCCGGGCGAUGUGAAGGGCAAGGAUAAGGAAGCUAUGGUUGAGAGUUUCUAUUGA